AGUAGCCACACUCAAGUUUUUGAGGUACUACCACCAGUGACUGAGACGGAGGAGCUAAAAGAUAAGAAAAUGGAUUCCCGUCGUGCACAUUUUUAUUCCUUGUUUUUGUACAUAUUCAUGAACCUUGUAUUUAUUAGUCUACAAUCUAAAGAACAAGUUCUUCUGGACAUGAAAGCCUCAGGAAGUGAGCUGGGCUGGUUGACCAUGCCAUUUGAGGAGGGGUGGGAGAUAGUCCAGACGGUGGUGAAUGGCUCCCUUCUCUACACCUACAGCGUGUGUAAGAUAGACGCUGGUGACCAGGACAAUUGGCUGCGUACCACAUUCAUCCAGCGCCGGCCAGGGGCCACCAGAGUCUCGGUGGAGCUCCGCUUUGUGGUGCGGGACUGCAACACCUUCGACGGCGCCUCGCUGUCCUGCAAAGAGACGAUCAACUUGUUCCUCUCCGAGGCCGACGCCGACGUGGGCACCACCUUCCGGAAGGGCCAGUUCCGCAAAGUGGCCACCAUUGCCCCGGACGAGAUCACCCGGGGCCGGGAUCUGAAGAUCAACCUGGAGACCAGGACGGUGGGGCCUCUAUCCAGGAAGGGCUUCUAUCUGGCCUUCCAGGACAUGGGGGCUUGUGUGGCACUGCUCUCUGUGAGGGUGUACUACAAGAUGUGCCCGGCCACCGUGCGGAACCUGGCGGCUUUCCCAGAGACGGUGGCCGAUGCUUUGAAGGAGGUGGAGGGAACAUGUGUGGAGAAGGCCAUCAGCCAGGGCUCCCCACGCAUUUACUGCACAGCUAAAGGAGAGUGGGUGGUGCCCUUGGGACAGUGCCAAUGCCUCGCCGGCUAUGAAGCCGUCGGAGAUUCCUGCCAAGCGUGUACGCAAGGCUCCUUUAAGCCGGCAGCGUCCAAUGAGUCGUGUGAGAUCUGUCCUGCGAACACCAAGGCCUCCUCCCCCGGCGCCCUCCUGUGUCCGUGUAAGGAAGGCUUCUACCGCUCCCCCUCCGACCCACCCACAUCAGCCUGUUCUGCACUCCCCAGUGCCCCUCGUGACCUGUCCUCCACCACCCUGUCGGCCGACGGGCGUCUGCAGCUCUCCUGGGCGCCCCCGCUGGUGACGGGCGGCCGCAGUGACAUCACCUACAGCGUGGUGUGCGAGCACUGCGACGGGGCCUUUUGUGUUCCCUGCGGGGAGACGGUCCGCUUCAAGCCAGGCUCCGCAGACCUGCGGGACACCGUGGUAACCGCCAGCGGGCUGGAGCCCCACCUUAACUACACCUUCACCGUGGACGCCCACAGCGGGGUGUCUCAGUACAGCAGCGAGACACCCAGCAGCACCAUCACCACUGCUCUGCACUACACAGAUCCCCCCAGAGUGACAUCCAUCCACCUGGAUGAGCGUGGCCCCACCAGCCUGUCUCUGUCCUGGGCCCUCUCACGUCGAGCUCCAGCUCAUAUCAACCACCGCUAUGAACUCAUGUUCCGCAGGAAGGAGGAUGAGAGCGAGCGCGACGUCACCACGUAUACAGUCCUAGUUCUGGACAAAAACUCGGCCCAGAUUGGGGACCUCUCCCCUGGUACCACCUACAUAUUCCGGGUCCAGGCCUUAAGUCCUGAAGGCCACCCUGGCAGCUACAGCAUGGCGCAUGAGUUCCGCACGCUGGCUCUACCGGAGUCUCAGAUCCAGAGCAGCUCCACGUGGGCUGUGGGAGCUGUCAUUGGAGGAGGGGUCAUGCUGAUUAUCGUUGUGGUGGUUCUACUGCUGCACAGACGGAGAUUGAUUUCCCAUGGGAGAGGUGGACCUGAGGACCCGUACUUUUCCAACACAGAUCAGCUGAAGCCUCUGAAGACUUAUGUUGAUCCGCACAUGUACGAGGACCCCAACAUAGCCGUCCUGAAGUUUGCCAGUGAGAUUCAUCCUAGUCACAUCACCAAACAGAAGGUCAUUGGAGCAGGAGAGUUUGGAGAGGUGUUCUGGGGAGUCCUGAAGGUCCCGGGGCGGAAGGAGGUGGCAGUUGCCAUCAAGACUUUAAAGCCAGGAUACACAGAGAAACAGAGGCAGGACUUCCUGAGUGAAGCCAGCAUCAUGGGCCAGUUCUCCCAUCAGAAUAUCAUCCGUCUGGAGGGAGUGGUCACCAAAUUUAAACACGCCAUGAUUGUGACAGAGUACAUGGAGAAUGGCGCUCUGGAUAACUAUCUAAGGGACCAUGAUGGGGAGAUAGCUUCGUACCAGCUGGUGGGUAUGCUGCGUGGCAUCGCCGCGGGUAUGAAGUACCUGUCAGACAUGAACUACGUCCAUCGCGAUCUCGCUGCCAGGAACGUUCUAGUCAACGGCCACCUGGAGUGUAAAGUUUCUGACUUCGGCCUUUCUCGAGUGUUGGAGGAUGACCCGGAAGGCACCUACACUACCAGCGGAGGGAAAAUCCCCAUCCGAUGGACAGCUCCCGAAGCCAUUGCCUACAGGAAGUUCACAUCGGCCAGCGAUGUGUGGAGCUUUGGCAUUGUCAUGUGGGAGGUCAUGGCCUUUGGAGAACGGCCAUACUGGGACAUGAGCAAUCAUGAGGUGAUGAAGGCCAUCAACGAAGCCUUCCGGCUGCCCGCCCCGAUGGACUGUCCAUCCACGGUGUACCAGCUGAUGUUGCAGUGCUGGCUACAGGAUCGCUCCAAACGACCCCGCUUCCCAGACAUUGUCAACAUCUUGGACAAGCUGCUCCAAAGCCCAGAGUCUUUAAAAACCAUUGCUGACUUUGACCCACGAGUGUCCAUCCGACUUCCCAGCACCAGUGGCUGUGACGGCACUACGUUCCGGUCGGUGUCGGAGUGGCUGGAGUCCAUCAAGAUGAGCCAGUACAAUGAAAGCUUUGCCUGUGCAGGAAUCACAAGCAUGGAGCAGGUGCUAGCCAUGAGGCCUGAGGAUAUCAGGAACAUUGGAGUGAGGCUACCAGGUCACAUGAAAAGAAUUGCCUACAGCAUCCUUGGUCUGAAGGACCAGACAAGCACACUCAGUGUGUUUGCAGUGUGACCCAAUAAUGUGAUUCCCCAGAAUCAGACUGCACUGACCGCACAUUUUUACAGGCACACUGAAUACGGAGAAAAGAGUUGGUGGGGCAGGAUAUGACUGAGCUAUGACCAGGAUUAUUUACUCAGACUUGGCAAUCUAUAUAUACGGUUUGACUGAAGAGGACCCUGCCCUGGCCACUCAGAAAAGACUGAGAUUAUACACUUUGAAGUACUUUAUGCCAAGAAAAUUAAUUAAAAAGUAUGUAUCAUAUGUACAUAAUGUUUUAUAUUAUCAGACAUGUAAACAUAAUGACAGAUUGGAAAACAGCCUUAAAAAGGAAAAAGAGAGAUCUGAAACUGUUCUGUGUUGUAUUUUUCUAAACUGGAAGUCUUACGAGAAAACAGGGAGAAACGGGAACAAAUCAUUCCAACAUCGAUUUCUCAAUCCUAAUGAGGCUUUGCAAUAACUCAUAAAUAGAAGAGUAAUUUUACCAUUUUAGGAAUUGUAUUUUGAUUUAUUGUGCUCAGGGCCACUUAUCAUAUCAAUACACUCCUCCAUUUUUGUUAGCUAACUAUUUUAUUUUGUCUGUCUACAAUCCAACUCUAAGUGUUCCUUUCCUAUUGUUGUUAUUUUUUUACACUUUGUCCACAAGUAGUCUUACAAUGUUUUAUUUUCAGUUGUAUUUAAUAUUUAUUGUAUUGCAUAUUUAUUGAAAGACACUGACCUGGCACAUUUAAAAUAAAUAUUGUAUGUUACUGUACCAAUAAAAUCAGUGUUGAAUACAAG